CCGGAGCCAUGAGCAGCGCCGUGCUCCUCGCCCACCUCCCGGACCCCGGCAGCAGCUUCAGGGAGGACGCGCCCCGACCCCCGGUGCCGGGGGAGGAGGGAGACGCACCGCCAUGCCCGCAGCCCCACAGCUCCUUUCUCGCCAAAAGCCAAAGCUUCCCGGCCAUGCCGGUGCCCGCUGCCCCGCGGAGGAAUGAGAACGGGCUGGGGGAGCCGGAGGGCAGCGCGUCCCCCGAUUCCCCGCUGGCCCGCUGGACCAAAUCCCUGCACUCCUUGUUGGGAGAUCAAGAUGGUGCCUAUCUCUUUCGGACCUUCUUGGAAAGGGAAAAAUGCGUGGAUACCUUAGACUUCUGGUUUGCCUGCAAUGGCUUCAGGCAGAUGGACCUUAAGGAUACCAAAACUUCACGAGUAGCCAAAGCUAUCUACAAAAGGUACAUCGAGAACAACAGCAUCGUCUCCAAGCAGCUCAAGCCUGCUACCAAGACCUACAUAAGGGAUAGCAUCAAGAAGCAGCAGAUAGAUUCCAUCAUGUUUGAUCAGGCACAGACUGAGAUCCAGACUGUGAUGGAGGAAAAUGCGUACCAGAUGUUUUUAACUUCUGAUAUAUACCUCGAAUACGUGCGGAGCGGAGGAGAGAACCCCGCUUACAUGAGCAGCAACGGGCUGGGGAGCUUAAAAGUUGUCUGUGGCUACCUGCCGACCUUGAACGAGGAGGAGGAAUGGAGCUGCGCCGACUUCAAAAGCAAAAUGCUGCCUUCGGUGGUUGGGCUGUCCAGCAAAACGCUGAGGGUUACGGCGGGCGUCAGAGCCACCGAGACGUUGGAGAACGGGUACAGGUCCUUCAAGAGGAACGAUCCCGUUAACCCCUACCAUGUGAGUUCUGGCUAUGUCUUUGCCCCAGCAACCAGCGCAAACGAUAGUGAGAUAUCCAGUGAUGCCCUGACGGAUGACUCCAUGUCAAUGACAGACAGCAGUGUAGAUGGGAUCCCCCCGUACAGAAUUGGGAGCAAGAAGCAGCUCCAGAGAGAAAUGCAUCGCAGUGUUAAGGCCAACGGUCAAGUUUCUCUACCUCAUUUUCCGAGGACCCACCGCCUUCCCAAGGAGAUGACCCCGGUGGAGCCGGCUGCCUUUGCUGCGGAGCUCAUUUCCCGGCUGGAGAAGCUGAAGCAGGAGCAAGAAACCAUGGACAGUCUGGAGGAGAGGCUGCAGCAAAUCAAGGAGGAUGAGGAGAAGGAAAGCUUGGAGCUCCCCGCCAGCCUGCAGAGCAGUCGGGAGAUGGUGAACCCCCAGCACCAGCAGCACCCCCUCUCACUCCUGCCAUCUGGCAGCUACGAGGAGGACCCCCAGGCCAUCCUGGAUGAGCACCUCUCCCGCGUGCUGAAGACCCCCGGCUGCCAGUCGCCUGGCAUGGGCCGGCACAGCCCCCGCGCCCGCUCCCCUGACCACCUGCUGGGGGGUAAGCUGCAGCCCAGCACUGCCUCACCAGCCACCUGCGCCCUCCUGGGUAAGGGAUUUAUCACCAAGCAGACCACCAAGCACGUCCACCACCACUACAUCCACCAUCACGCCGUGCCCAAGACGAAGGAGCAGAUCGAAGCGGAGGCAGCGCAGCGGGUACAGUGCUGCUGCCCGGCAGGCAGUGACUACUACUGCUUCUCCAAGUGCAAGGGCCACCCGAAGGGCACUGACCCACCUCUCCCUCCACUGGAGCCCUUUGGCAGGACAGGCACGCUGACCAAGAGGCCGGGCCGAGGAGUGGAGAGCAUCGCCCUGCUGCCCGGGGACGGAGGGCUGCCCGGCCCCAGCGGGGUGCAGCUACCUGGCGGUGAGGCGGACCGGGCACAGAACGUCUGGCAGUGGAUGCUGGAGAGCGAGAGACAAAAUAAGCACAAGCCCCAUAGCACACAAAGCACAAAGAAGGCCUACAGCUCCGACUUCGCCAAGGGGGCCCCCAGCGAGCGCCCCGGCCGCCACCACCCCUGGGGGCCCGGCAGCCACCCGCGCGGGGCGCAGCCCGCCCACCCCUUCAUCCAGGACCCCGCCAUGCCCCCUCUCACCCCACCCAACACCCUCGCCCAGUUGGAGGAAGCGUGCCGCCGGCUCGCCGAAGUCUCCAAGCCUCAGAAGCAACGAUGUUCAACCUCAAAUCAGCAGAGGGAUCGAAACCACUCCACUGCUGUACAGGGGGGAAACACCCCUUUUUGCAAUGCAAGUCUAACGACAGAAGAUCACAAAGAGCCAAAGAAACUCCCGGUUGUUCACACCUCUCAGUCUAGUGAGUUGGUUGUCACCUAUUUUUUUUGCGGAGAAGAAAUUCCCUACAGGAGGAUGUUAAAGGCCCAGAGCCUGACACUUGGGCACUUUAAGGAGCAGCUGAGCAAAAAGGGAAAUUAUAGAUACUACUUCAAAAAGGCAAGCGACGAGUUUGACUGCGGUGCAGUGUUUGAAGAGAUCUGGGAAGACGAAACAAUUCUGCCCAUGUACGAAGGAAGGAUUCUUGGGAAAGUAGAAAGGAUCGAUUGAUGGCAUCUGUGUUUCUUGAGAAAAUUUAAGCUAGAAAAAAAAAAAAAGUCUUUGGACACACAACAGUAGUGAUGACAAGGAAAAAGGAAAAAAGCUCUGAAGGAAAGUUUUGAACCAAUGAAGAAAAAAGUGAAGUCUAUGAAGACUUUGCUGAAUUAGCCUUAGAGGAAAAAAUGGCAUUUAUUAUUCAUGAGUUGGGUACUGAGAUGAUAAAAAACCCCGAACUAUUUAUUAAAAACAUGACCACUGUUGGCUAUUGGAGAUGCA